AUGACCUGCGAUACCGAUGACGACGAUGAUGAACGUGUGGUUUAUGGUACCCGCGUCGCCGAGGGCCAUCGGAAUUAUCAAUUAAUGUACGAUAUGUUGACCGGUAUUCGGAUAGCAGUGGGUCGUGUAUCUGCCAAAAUCAAGCGUGACUUGACAGAGGAAGAUUUCAAGGCAGCACAUAAACUUGUAUUCGACGUCACUGGCAACGAGCUGACACCGGGCGUCAAGUACGAUUUCAAGUUUAAGGAUUAUGCGCCAUGGGUGUUUCGUUACCUACGUGAAAAGUUCCAUAUCGACCCAGCAGAUUACAUGAUGUCCUUGACCCACAAGUACAUCCUGUCAGAAUGCAAUUCGUCGGGUAAAAGUGGAAGCUUCUUUUACUAUUCCCGUGAUUACCGCUUCAUCAUCAAAACCAUCCGUCAUACAGAGCAUAAAUUCAUGCGCAAAGUACUGAAGGAUUAUUAUGAGCAUGUGUGUCAAAAUCCGAAUACCCUCCUCUGUCGAUUCUACGGUCUUCACCGCAUCAAGUUGCCUCACGGACGAAAAAUUCAUUUCAUCGUCAUGAGCAAUGUGUUUCCAGGGAACAUGGAUAUUCACAGAGUGUUUGAUCUGAAAGGUUCCACCGUGGGUCGAUGGACUCCUGAUGAAGAAAUCGAGAAAAAUCCGGGCACCGUAAGGAAGGAAAAGAACUGGGUUCAAGACAAAGCCAAACUGGAACUCGGAUCAAGGAAACGGUCACUGCUGGUCAUGCAGUUGGAACGAGACGUAGAGCUUUUGAAGCGUUUGAAUAUCAUGGAUUACAGCUUAUUGAUUGGGAUGCAUGAUACUGAGCGCGGGAAUCGGGAUCAUCUCCGAGACCACAACCUGCAAAUGGUCAAGCCUAACAAUAGUCCCGAGUUACAUCGUCAAUUAUCGCGUCACAGUAGACAUGAGAGCAAAGCCGAGAUGGUACGUAAAGCGCUCAAAUAUGCCAGUCCGGUAUCCAUGACCGCCUCCGACCUUCCCAACAGUCCUUCCGAAGAACGCCGUUACUGCAUCUUUUACUCUGAAGAUGGCGGUUUUCAUUCAACAAAUGAAGCCAACGAAGAGACGGAUACGAUCUAUUUUAUGGGGGUGAUUGACAUUCUGACACCGUACAACUACGUAAAGAAAUUAGAACAUGUCUGGAAGAGUAUGACCCAAGACAAGGACGGUAUAUCAGCUGUUCAUCCUGUUCAGUACGGCGAACGAUUCAUGCACUUUAUCAAGGAUCAAGUAACAAAAUAA